GCACGCCGUGCCAGAAGCAUGACAGUGACUAAACCACAUUUAUCGCGAUGAUUGUUUUUAUUGGAGGGCAACGAAGAUCGACGGCAUACCGGAAAUGGACUCGGCCACUAACACCGUCAUCAACACCAAUAAACCCCUUUUAGGGCAAUUCACAAGGCGAGCACUUCUGCGCACUACCAGGCCGCCGGCAUUGAAGACGGAUGGGGAAGUCGAAGCUGUUGAAAAUAACGAUGAUGAUGAUGAUGAUGAUGAUGAGGAGGACGGUGGCGAUGUUGAUGACUACGACGAUGUCGAUGAUGAUGAUGAUGAUGUAGAUGACGAUGAUGAUGUUGAUGAUGUUGUUGAUGAUGUUGUUGAUGAUGAUGAGGAUGAUGAUGAUGAUGAUGAUGAUGAUGAUGAUGGUGUUGAUGAUGAUGACAACGAUGAUGAUGAUGACGAUGACGAUGAGGAUGAGGAUGAUGACGAUGAUGAUGAUGAUGAUGAUGAUGAUGAUGAUGAUGAUGAUGAUGAUGAUGAUGAUGAUGAUGCCGUGUGGUCCUGUGAUCUUCAUCGAAGCCAACAAGUGCCGCAGGGUUCUGGGGGCUGUCUUGCGGUGGGAGAAUGCAAAAGGCAAUCGUCGACGGUUCUACAUGAAAAAUGUGUACGGUUCGAAGGGGAACGUCGUCGCUGGUGCCAAGGGGGCGAUUCUCGACAUGUGUCUGUUCGAGGGGUUCGGAGCGGGUGCUGCGAACACCCCGUUCUACAACGACCUCUGCGGCAGGGCGGGUUUGUUUUGGGUCGAGAGUUCUUCGACUUGUUGGAGGACAAGGACAUCGCCCUCAACGUCCCUUGCGAAGUUGGCCCCGACCUGGAACUGUCAAUGCCUUUGCAGCUGUGCGGCGGUUGUGAGUCGAGCGGGGCAGCGGGGGAGGGGGGGGAUCUGGGUUCCGGCGAGGCUACACAUGUGCAGCAGGAGGAUGCCAGAGGUCAGUUUGACGACAACAAAGAUGAGGCGACACCGCGUCCGCCGUUUUCACCGUCGAGGGAAAGAGACCGGUCCGUGCUGUCCAUACCUGGGGUCCUGCUACAGACCCCGGUUCGACAAGAGGUCGCUGCGGAUCCCGGAGAAGAGGCAGUCCAGUGUGGGUCCGACUUGGAGCCCGCCGAGGGCCAUGGCGCGGACGACAAGGCUGUGGGCGGUGAGGUGCUUGCUUGCGAGGUCGUUUGGGUCCAGGCCGACUCCCCGUCGUUGGCGAAGUUGGGGAAGGUCAGCGUGCAAGACAUUGUGCAGCUGGUGAAGUGCGACCGCGUGCUGGUCCGAUUGUGGAAUUACUACCAAUUCAAACACGAGAAGAGGCCGGACGCGGAUUGGAUCCAAAGGUACCCUUUCCUGAAAUUGAGGUCUGCAGUGUUCAGGAAGUUCGAAAGUCAGGGAUUGGAUGACGACUUGUCGGAUAACAGCAGGAAACACGUUUCCGACUCGGUGCUGUUCAAGGACUGCCCGCCGUACAUGGGAUGCGACCAGGACAACUCGAUUGAGGUGACGGGGAAGUUGGCGGGCCACAAGAAGUUGUCCGUCGACUGGAGAAACAAGGUUCUCUCCAUGUUGAAUGGGAGCAGACUGAAGAGCCGGGAGGUCGCCCUUGCCGAAGGCAUUGUUCACAUUAAAUGGAAAGACACGGGGGACAUAACAUCCAUCGCGCCGUUCGCUAACGACCCUUUGGAGGAGGACAUCAGGGGCGCAGAGCUGAAGGAAGCAGUGGCUGCCACAAAGAGCCACACGUUCGUCCUCGAUCUGUGCGAGCCGAGCAGUGUCUACGGGGAUAUGGAACGCAAUCCGAUACAAUUCGUCGGUCUUCUUGAUUUCCUUGGCAAGAAGGGAGAGGGUAUCGUGUUCCUUGGGAAACCGCACGUGCGAAGCGUCUGGGAUCUUCUGAAGGCCGGCCGACACGUUGUCGCGAUGGAAGGGAACGUCGAGCUCUUGCAAUUCACGAUGCAGGUGGUGAAAAGCGAGGUCAAUUCAGGCAGGCACAAUUGUGAGUUCAUGGUCGUGAAGCCAACACGGGAUAAGGUGUGGAGCAACAAGACGGAUAUGUGGUUCAAGUUGAGCGAGAGGAAGAGGAACAAGAUAUACGAUUUCUUGUUCCUUCAAGCGAGGCCGAGGAAGGACACUGACGCCGAGUACGUCCGCCGGAAGGAGCACAUGUUGGCAUUGCUCGACAACUACCACUUCGCCUCCCGCGUGAACGCGAAGACGUUUCUCGAUAGGCUGCAGUCGCUGUACUUCGUGGAGUCCGAGGAGCAGUUAAAGUUAGCCAGUUACGCUUUCCUGAUCUCCACUGAUGACGAGGAAGCCACAGGUGUGGAGUUUGUCGCCAACGCGAAGGAGGAGGAGAGCGACACAGAGAGCAUUGACCUGCAGUACGACCCACCUCCGGCGGACCACGGCCGAGGGUCCUCGUCGGCCGGUCCGUCACCGAGCGCUGCAGCCCUCGUGUCACCGUCGGCCAAACUGCCGCCGGGCACCAUGCCGAUGAAGUUGCAAGAGAGACUCAGAGUUCUGUCCGUCCCCCCACCCGCUUUGCGUCCCGGUGUCAGGCGGCCACAAGCAAUGGGCCGCCUGAAAUCUGCGGCUUAGGGACUUAGGCUCAAAGACAAGUCCGUGUAAUGACGGUACUCUGGUUUGGCCAGGCAGCAAAAAUUAGGGGUACCCCGAGUAUCCCUAAAAUUAGA